AAGCUUAAAUUAAUUACAGCUUGUAGACCUAGAUCACAGUUUUGAUCUCUGCUACCCCCGCAAAUGACAAUUAAUCAAGGCUGCACCUGAUAAUCUGUGCUGGAGUCAAGCUAGCUUAGAGCUGCAAGAACCAUGGAUUCUCAAAACACGUCAGUGAUGACUGAGGUAUGCCUAGCCAAUGUUGGUGCUGUCGCAGUUGGUUACCUGGGAGGACUGUUGGGCUUGUCCGUGGUUAUUCUGAUUGUUCUUGGCUUUAUUCAAAGGCGGAAGAAGCUCCAUGGAUGUCUCUGGGGAUUUCCUGGAUUAGUCAAACCUAUGGAUUUCCUCGUGGCUCCUCGAUACAGAUUUAUCUACAUCAUAAUUUUUGGUGUUAUGUCCCAAUCUCUCUUUACCACGUUUCAAGUUAUCAGCACCCCUGCUGGAGUCAAUUUCUACUUGGGAAUUGUCUACCGCACAUUGAUAACUCCUUUGUUGGUGGUACUGAUCCUCUCACUCCAAUACUUCCCUCUCUUCGCAUGCGUGAAUGCACCUAUUCCUCUCUUGGGUCACAUCAUCGGACUCAUCUACUCCAUACUAUGGUGUGGUUACAUUGUGAUGACUUUGGUUGUCAGUUUUUCUGCUAGUAUUUGCCAGGACACACCAGCCCUGAUUGUGACAGUUCUGCUGCAUGUUGCCUCAAUCAUCCCCACACUUGGAGUUGCCAUCAUCGUUGUUAUCUGGUACAGUUUCAAAGUUGUUCAAGGUCUCCUGAGGCUCUGUCGUGUGCUGGGAGGGUCACUUAAGCAAGACUUUGUCUGCUGUGGAGAUAGGGUAAAACUGAGGGCUACGGACCCGCCGAAGAGUGAGGUAAAGUCAUAUCAUCUUCUUCACAUUAAGAGACUACUCCAGAAAAGUUAUGAAGAUGACAAGAUAAAGCUCAGAGGAAGGACUACCAUUUUCCUAACGAAAAUUGCUAAAUACAUAUUUCCAUACAGCAAAGAUUUCAGGCUUCCUUUGCCAUUUGUUGGAGCAGUGUUUGCAAUGUGCAUGAUUCUCUACCAGUCCACUAUCAUAACGAUAAUCCGUGCUGCUAGUCUAGCGACCGACCUACCUCCUGUGUUUGACUUGUAUGUUCGGCCACUUCUGUACACCGUAGAAAACGCCACUAUCAUUCGAGCACAAACUAUGAAUUUCACGAUCGAGCGAAUCAACUCAUUAAAAAUAUUAUUUAGUGGGAUCGAUGAAGUUAUUGGACUCAUUCUAGUUGGACUGCCAGCAUUCUUGUGUGUGUGUCCUGUUGUGUCUCUCGUGUUUUGUCUUUGUCUCAUGAUCAACAUGGUGGCUACCGUCAGUAAGCAGCUUAAACGAGUGGCAAAAGAAGGUUUCAAGAUCAAACUGCCUAGUCCAGGCAGACGUGUUCCCUCCUCUUGGAAGUAUGUCGGCCAUCUCAUUGGAUUCUUUACACUAGCCUGGUUCAUCUACACUUUUGUUGUGUUUCUGGUCUUUGUGGUAGUUGCUCUCCUCUAUCUUGGCUUCAGAUUUUUAAGGGAGUUUUCUUUCGAAGUUGUCCUCUACAUUUUCAUCCCUUUGGUGUGGUCACAGCUGGUCUUAGUCCUACAAACAGUUAUUUGUCGAUUCGUCUUCUUUGAGGACCAGAAAGGGAGCUUUAUUGCCAUCAAGAACAGGAGACUGUUCAACUGGUUUGCCUACAUCCUCUUCUUCUACAACGGCAUAGCAGGCUUCGUCAGUGCUAUUCUGAGAACUCUAAUGUCGGUCGUUUUCUCUCUCCUGCUCCUGUUCCGAUUGGACCAAGUGGUGCUCAUUAGAGGGUUCGAGCAGUUCGACUUUGCGCACAAUGCUUAUCUUGGUUUCAUCUACCUUAACUCGACCUAUAACAACGCUGUGAUGCACGUUUUCCUGUACCUGCUGAAGAAAGACAGACCAUCACCACCGCCGUCUGUGUUCGGUGCUGAGCAGCUGGAGUUACCGCAGCAGCUGGAGCCUGAUCUCUCUGUGAGCAUCAGUGCUAGCAACAAGCUGUUUGAUGACGGAACAGUUCCACGGUCUAAGGGUAUGUUUGUUGUAUGGAGAGAUCGAGGGUGUGUGACUGAUACCGUAGUGGUAGAAUUUAUGCUGGAUGCGAGUGGCAUCAUGUCAUAUAUUUUUGUAUCGCCCAAUUUAAGAAAAAUGUUAAUCGCAUAAAUAAAAAGAUGCUCAUAGAACAUUCACCCCGUGCGUUGAGUUUACAGUAACCUCAUUUUCAUUAUGGGGAAUGAUCCUGAAUCUAUAAAGCAACAAUGAGUUUUUUGUCACUUUCAAGACCGCCUACAAGUUUCAACUAUAACCUAUUAUUUUCAGCUACUGUCUCAUUUGCAGAGAGCAUGCAGUCCCUGAAGUGUCUACUAGUUCGCUCAAACAACUCAUUUUUGUGUCCACGCAUACACAUGCACAUGCACACACUUACUGAAGAGCUUCCCAAAAUAAUGUAGACACUGUGAUAGACUAUGUUAGAUACAGAUCGGAUUGUAUUUAUAACUUUGAGCUGUUUCUAAUUUUUAGGCUGAGUCAGUAAUCAUGUGUCAGAAAGCCUGAUCCCACCCCCUAUACUUCUGUAUAUAUACCAUUCACACACAUGCACGCACGCACGCACGCGCACACACACACACACACACACACACAAACCGACACACCAAUCACUACCCUUGGGUAAAUAUUGUACUGUUUUCAGAGCCUUAAUUAAUUGCAU